CAGGGAGCCGCCCCCGCCCGCGCCCCUCCGCCCUCAUCCAGACCCUCCACGCCGGGCUGGGCUGCGCGGCCUGAAGAGCCGGCGAUGGCCAGUCCGCCGCUGCAUGGAUCCCCCGGGCCGGCGGGCGGCGACGGCCCCAACCUCAACAACAACAACAACAACAACAACCACAGCGUGCGCAAGUGCGGCUACCUGCGCAAGCAGAAGCACGGCCACAAGCGUUUCUUCGUGCUGCGCGGGCCCGGCGUAGCUGGCGACGAGGCGACAGCGACUGCGGGCGGGGGGUCGGCGCCGCAGCCUCCGCGGCUCGAGUACUAUGAGAGCGAGAAGAAGUGGCGGAGCAAGGCAGGCGCCCCGAAGCGAGUGAUCGCGCUCGACUGCUGCCUGAACAUCAACAAGCGCGCGGACGCCAAGCACAAGUUCCUGAUCGCCCUCUACACCAAGGACGAGUAUUUUGCUGUGGCGGCCGAGAACGAGCAGGAGCAGGAGGGCUGGUACCGCGCGCUCACGGACCUGGUCAGCGAGGGCCGCGCGAGCGCCGGCGACCCGGCCCCCGCCGCCUCGGCCCCCGCGGUGUCCUGCAGCGCCUCCCUGCCGGGCGCCCUGGGCGGCUCGGCCGGCGCCGCGGCCGAUGACAGCUACGGGCUCGUGGCGCCCGCCACGAGCGCCUACCGCGAGGUGUGGCAGGUGAACCUGAAGCCCAAGGGCCUGGGCCAGAGCAAGAACCUGACGGGCGUGUACCGCCUGUGCCUGUCGGCGCGCACCAUAGGCUUCGUGAAGCUCAAUUGCGAGCAGCCGUCGGUGACGCUGCAGCUCAUGAACAUCCGCCGCUGUGGCCAUUCGGACAGCUUCUUCUUUAUAGAGGUUGGCCGCUCGGCCGUCACGGGCCCCGGAGAGCUGUGGAUGCAGGCCGACGACUCGGUGGUGGCGCAGAAUAUCCACGAGACCAUUCUGGAGGCCAUGAAGGCGCUCAAGGAGCUCUUCGAGUUCCGGCCGCGCAGCAAGAGCCAGUCGUCGGGGUCGUCCGCCACGCACCCUAUCAGCGUCCCCGGCGCGCGCCGCCACCAUCACCUGGUCAACUUACCCCCUAGUCAGACAGGCCUGGUGCGCCGCUCGCGCACCGACAGCCUGGCCGCCACUCCGCCGGCCACCAAGUGUAGCUCGUGCCGGGUUCGCACUGCCAGUGAGGGCGAUGGCGGCGCUGCAGCCGGGACUGUGGCGGCGGCCGGCAGGCCCGUGUCAGUAGCCGGAAGCCCCCUGAGCCCUGGGCCCGUGCGCGCGCCCCUGAGCCGCUCGCACACCCUGAGUGGUGGCUGUGGUGGCCGCGGGAGCAAAGUGACGCUGGCGCCGGCAGGGGGCGCCCUGCAACACAGCCGCUCCAUGUCCAUGCCCGUGGCGCACUCGCCCCCUGCUGCCACCAGUCCUGGCAGCCUGUCGUCCAGCAGCGGGCACGGCUCAGGCUCCUACCCGCUGCCUCCGGGCCCGCACCCGCACCUGCCUCAUCCUUUGCACCAUCCCCCAGGUCAGCGGCCCUCCAGCGGCAGUGCCUCUGCCUCAGGCUCUCCCAGUGACCCUGGCUUCAUGUCUCUGGACGAAUACGGCUCUAGCCCUGGUGACCUGAGAGCCUUCUGCAGCCACAGGAGCAACACACCGGAGUCCAUCGCGGAGACACCUCCGGCCAGGGAUGGCAGCGGGGGCGAGUUGUAUGGGUACAUGACUAUGGACAGGCCUCUGAGCCACUGUGGCCGACCGUAUCGCAGAGUCUCAGGUGAUGGGGUCCAGGACUUGGACAGAGGACUGAGAAAGAGGACUUACUCCUUGACCACACCUGCCCGGCAGCGGCCAGUGCCCCAGCCCUCCUCUGCCUCUCUGGAUGAGUACACCCUGAUGCGGGCCACCUUCUCUGGAAGCUCAGGCCGCCUCUGCCCAUCUUUCCCUACAUCCUCUCCCAAAGUGGCCUACCACCCCUAUCCAGAGGACUAUGGGGACAUAGAGAUUGGAUCCCAUAGGAGUUCCAGCAGCAAUCUGGGGGCUGAUGAUGGCUACAUGCCCAUGACUCCUGGUGCAGCUCUCAUGGGCAGUGGCAGCGGCAGCUGCAAGAGCGAUGACUACAUGCCCAUGAGCCCCACCAGCGUGUCUGCCCCAAAGCAAAUCCUGCAGCCAAGAGCUGCGCCUGCAGCAGACUUGCCCCCCAGCGGAGCAGCAGCACCUCAGCCCGCCCCUGUGGCCAACAGGACCUUCCCAGUGAGCGGGAGCGGCUACAAGGCCAGCUCCCCAGCGGAAAGCUCACCCGAGGAUAGCGGGUACAUGCGCAUGUGGUGUGGCUCCAAGCUGUCCAUGGAGAAUGCCGACCCAAAGCUGCUUCCCAACGGGGACUACCUCAACAUGUCCCCCAGCGAAGCGGGCACCGCGGGCACGCCUCCCGAUUUCUUCUCAGCAGCCUUGCAUGGCAGUGGGGAGGUGCUCAAAGGGGUCCCUGGCUACUGCUACAGUUCCUUGCCCCGCUCCUACAAGGCCCCUUAUGCCUGCAGCGGGGACAGUGACCAGUAUGUGCUCAUGAGCUCCCCUGUGGGACGGAUCCUGGAAGAGGAGAGGCUGGAGCCCCAGGCCACCCCAGUGACUUCCCAGUCAGCCAGCACCUUUGGGGUUGGCGGGAGUGGCCACCCCCAGCCUCCUCAUCCAGCAGUGCCUUCACCCAUGAGGCCAAGUGGCAGCAAUUUCCUGAGCCAGCGCUGCCGGGCGGUGCGGCCCACACGCCUGUCCCUGGAGGGGCUGCAAACCCUGCCCAGUAUGCACGAGUACCCCCUGCCGCCAGAGCCCAAGAGCCCUGGAGAAUACAUCAACAUUGACUUUGGCGAGGCGGGUGCCCGCCUCUCACCACCUGCGCCUCCACUGCUGGCAUCUGCAGCCUCCUCCUCCUCGCUGCUGUCCGCCAGUAGCCCAGCUUCAUCCCUGGGCUCGGGCACCCCGGGCACCAGCAGCGACAGCCGGCAGCGCUCCCCGCUGUCCGAUUACAUGAACCUGGACUUCAGCUCUCCCAAGUCCCCCAAGCCGGGCACCCGCAGCGCGGACCCAGUGGGCUCCCUGGAUGCCCUGCUCUCGCCUGAGUCUGCUUCCCCAUACCCACCACUGCCUCCGCGUCCUUCUGCCUCUCCCACCUCCCUGCAGAAGCAGCCCCCUGCACAGCCUCCUCCAGGGGAGCCCUACCAUCUGCCUCCAGCAUUGGGCACUGCCACCUCCCAGGGCCCCAGUGCUGCCUCCUCUACAUCCUCCGAGACCGGGGACAAUGGUGACUACACCGAGAUGGCCUUUGGUGUGGCUGCCACCCCGCCUCAACCCAUCGCGGCCCACCCAAAACCGGAAGGUGCCCGAGUGACCAGCCCCACAUCGGGCUUGAAGAGGCUGAGUCUCAUGGACCAGCUGUCAGGGGUGGAAGCCUUCCUGCAGGCCAGUCAGCCCCCCGACCCUCACCGAGGCGCCAAGGUCAUCCGCGCAGACCCACAGGGGGGCCGCCGCCGCCACAGCUCCGAGACCUUCUCCUCAACCACUACGGUCACCCCGGUGUCCCCGUCCUUCGCCCAUAACCCCAAGCGCCACAGCUCAGCCUCUGUGGAAAACGUCUCUCUCAGGAAAAGUGGCGAGGGCAGUGGUGGGGGCGUCCUCGGUGGGGGCCUUGGAGCAGGUGAGGAGCCACCCACGUCCCCAGGACAGUCGCAGCCAUCACUCCCCGUGCCUCCAACCCCGCAGGUGCGGCCGUGGGCCCCGGGCCAGCCUGGGGGCUUGGUGGGCUGUCCUGGGGCCAGUGGUUCUCCUAUGCGAAGAGAGACCUCCGCGGGUUUCCAGAACGGCCUCAACUACAUCGCCAUUGAUGUGAGAGAUGAUCCGGGGCUGUCCCCCCAGAUGCAGCAUCCGCAGCCAGGAGACAAGAGCUGGGGCCGGACCCGUAGCCUCGGGGGUCUCCUCAGUGCCGUGGGGGGCAGUGGCACCAGCGGGGUGUGUGGGGGCCCGGGCCCUGGUGCCCUGCCUUCGGCCAACACCUACGCCAGCAUCGACUUCUUGUCCCGUCACUUGAAGGAGGCCACCAUUGUGAAAGAAUGAAGCGCCAUCCGGCUGCACCGCCCGGAGGUCGACAGCGGAGAUCUCAGCGUAUUUCCCACCGAGGCUGCAUGCGACGUCUGUCGGAUCUGGGCGAUUCCACGUGGAGACCUCUGAACUGGACAGGAACCAACCAGGCCCGAGCGCCUGCCUCUCUCACUUGUCCCGGCCGGGGCAUGCGUCAUUGUGCAGUGUGUGUUGCAUUUUGUUUUAUUUUAUAACUUAAAUUAGCCGAAGAAGUUAUUCUGGAGCAAAUUGGAUGUUUUUAUUGGCCUUCUUAAAUCGUGGCCGGUGUGUUCAUUUCUUCUUACUUUUACUUUGGCAAAGCAGAUCUAUCCCUCAGCAUGCUAGGAGAUGCUACAAUACCCACCGAAGUGGUAAAAUCUGGUAUUUACUGGCUUACACUCAACUCUACCACAGUCCUACCUCAGUCCAAGGUAACGCCGGAUCACGUGGUCGGGGUGCAGAGGCUUCCUGCACGUCCACCCCAGGGCUCGAGCGUGGCCUUGGCCUCGCCGACCUGCUCGAGUGGACACAGAUUCCAGUCCAGGUACCUGCGAUGUUUACUGGUGCACGGAGCCCAGAGUGGGACUGACAGUUCUCCAUGGAAGUGAAAUCUGGGAUUGGACUUUGAAGAUGGAUUCGUAAAUAAUCAUUAUUAAGUGUAACUGAAGCAACCUACUUUUGAAAAUCAUCAGUUGUAUUGGGUGGUGGGGUGGGAGGGAGGGGUCCUGGGCGGGUGACUCUCUCUUUUUACCUUUAACAGGCUUGUCUAUCCUUCUCUGUGUAGCUGUUCGUGUAGGUACUUCAAGUUGCAAAAGCCUUUUCUCCCCUGCAGGAGCUCAGAGGCCCUGCUGUCCUGAAUCCUGAGCUUACGUUCUCUUAACCAAAACCUCGUGUAGGCAUGCUGGUGGUUCAGGCUGCUGGGGCCUGCAGGCUUAAUGUUUGAAAGGUAUCGACUACUGCUCUCGCGUUGGCCAACAAGGCUGCCCUGAAGAGAGAGAGAGACUGAUAGAGAGAGGCAUUGUAGCUAAGCUCCUGUGCUGGAGUGGAAGGAGAAGAAAACCAGUCUCUCACAGUGCACGUCACUUGUCAAAGAAAUCCUUGACAAGACCACCCUGGUCUCACAUUUUCAGUGUUCUGAAAAUCUCAGUGUUGUGGCCGUUAUCGAUCAUCACAGACGUCACCCAGCAUGGCUAAGCUUGCCAGCAGACUGUGGGCCCCUGGCUGCUCCCUCGACACACUCUGGAGGCUCGGCCUCCCCCAGUGCCUGUGCCCCUGGAGGUCCUGCAGAGGCUACACUCGUUCUUGGAGAUGUGAGUUGUUGGUCUGUUUGGGGUUUUUUUGUUGUUGUUGUUUUGUUUCUGUUUGGAGAAAAAAUAUAUAUAUAAAUAUAAAUAUAUAGAGAUCUAUAUCACUAUAGAAUAAUGCAUUAAUCAAAUGAGGCUUUCUAGAGGAAGACCAAAAGAUUCAAUGUCUUAAAAACCUAUUUAACGGCAAUGCAAACGUCUUCCUGCUUCCGUGCUGAAUUCAGAACAGAGGAUUGUAUUGCAAGACAAAGUUGAAUGUAAAGUGAUCCCCCUGAGCAUUCUCAAGGUCUUUCUUUUCUGAAAUCACACGUCACCAUGACGCAUAGGCCACGCAGUUCUGGUCUGACCGUCAGCUCCCGAGCGUCCUGUACACACAUUGGUAAGAUGGAUAAAAGGCCCUAAAGUUCUCUCUGGUUGGGGACUAGGAGCCCCCAGUGGUUUGCUGAGAGUCCCCCAGCACAGUAGGAUGAUGGGGACCUGCUGGACACGGUGCGGGAGGAGUCGUGGCACGGACAGGGCGUCCAUGUCCCUGCUGCCACUUAGAAGGAGAAGAAUACAAAGUUGAUGAUGUACUAAAUUUCCCUCUAUCCUGUACAUUUCAAAAAGGAAAAAAAAAAAAAGGCAUAUGCAAUAUUUACAUUUUUAAUUUAGUUUACAGAAUGGAACCAAAAUGUGUAAAUGUUAUGUUUGCUAAAACUUCACAAUGUACAUUGGGUCUUUGUACAUUUUGCCUGACUUACCUUAAAUUUAAAAUAUUUUUUUGCUAUAUAAACUUUAACAGUUAUUAAACAGUGUUUUCUUUGGGUACGUAUUGUUUCUGGAUAUCAAGAUGUUAAAUAUAUUUCUCGUGUUGUGUUAGGACGAGAGACUCAACCUACCCUGCUCCGUCUUCCGCUGUACGCUCUGUACAGAGGGUCGACGGGUCGCUGCUGGAGACGAGAGAAAACUGGACUAGAGUAGCGCAUUGUAUUUAGUCUGUAUUGACCAUGGAUGCCCUCCUUAAUAGCCAUAUGCAAUAAAAUAAAAUACAUUAUUUAUGAAAUGAA